AUGAAGCGGUUGAUUUUGCCUCUGAUCACAUUUGGCGACUCCAUUUUGACCAGACACUCGAGCGUCAGGGAGUUGAUCACCAGUGAAAUCUGUGACUUCUGCGACUUCUGGAACAUUGACUUCUGGGACAUUGACUUCUGGGACAUUGACUUCUGGGACAUUGACUUCUGGGACAUUGACUUCUGGGACAUUGACUUCUGGGACAUUUGCAAUUUCUAG